AUGGGCGAGAUCCUCUCCAUCACCACGGCCAUCAUCGGCCUCCUCGCCGUCGGCGGCCGGACCAUGGAGCGCAUCUGGGAUCUGAACCUGCCCGCCACGAAGCACUCACCCGCCCUCUGCCACGCCCUCCAAGAAGUGAAGCAAUGCCGCUCCACCGUCACCCUCCUCUACAAGACCCUGUCGCUGCUCGAGGCCGGCCGCCUGCCCCUCGCCGAGCGCGCCGCCUGGAUCGCCGUCGACGACCUCGCCGCCACCUUGACCGACACCGUGCUGGCCUUUUCCGAUCUCCAGGCCGUCUGCGACGAGCUCGACCAGUCGCGACACCUGGCAUCCAUCGCCGCGGCGCCCGGUCCGGAGACGACGUCCGCCUAUGCCCAGCGGAUCGGCGCCUUGUGCUCCCGGAUCCGCUGGCAGUCUCUGUCGAUGAAUCUUAUGAUUACCAUUCUCAAGUGUCCCGGCGAAGCCGACGCCGAAAACGCCAGGGUCGGGCUCCAUCAGCGACUGACGCGAAUCCUGACAUCCAACACGGCACUUUCACACCGAAUGCGCCUCCUCCAAGGCUCGCCCUCCAGCGGCACCAUCAUAGACAGAAACUCGCCUCCCCACUACUCGCCGUCCGACCCCGGCAUGCCCCCGUCAUCACCCCCGAGACCGACGCCGUCCGAUUCCGAUUCCGCCCCGCCGGGCCUCGCGGACCGCCGCCGGGCCGCGUCCCCCUUCUCGGACUACACGCUCGCCGACAUCCCCGUCAUGUCCAUUGUCUCGCUCCCCGUCACCACCGACGAGCUGCGCGACGGCAGCGACGUCUAUACGGCCGCGUAUGCCCGCCGCAUGGGUCGCCAUCUGGGAGAGCUGGCGUGGAGGGCCGAGGCCCAGAACGCGAGCAGGACGCUUGAGGGCAUCCGUGGCCGGGCAGACGCCGACCACAACCGCGACAGCACGGCUGGCACUGUGGGCAGCCACGAGGGCGGCGUUCCGGCACACGCGGCGGCAGCGAAGAAAUCCAGGUUUUACAGCAUACGGGUCAGAAGGCGGUGUCGAGCCUGA